GUAGCGCCGGGGUGGGAUUUUCACAAGUGAAUGACGGCAUCUUCCGAAGCGAAAAAAAGAUUGAUGCGACUCGCGACGCCUCGGACAAAUAUUUAGCUUAGCAAUCGAGAGUGCCUCUGUCAAGUAUAUAAGGAGAGACGCCUGACAAAAGGCCGAGACAUCCACAACGCAGACAGACAACACAGCGUUUUCAAAUCAACAUGUCUUCACAAUUCACAGAAACUGGUCUUCGCGGCGGCAAGGACGGUAUCGUCCAGAAGCGCUUCAACGUCUUUGAAGGCGAUGCACUCACUGGGAACUUGGUCCACGUCAAAGUGACCCACUGUGGUCUUUGCUUCACCGACACACACUUCCUCAAGAAGGAUAUCUGUCUUGGCCACGAGCCUGUUGGCGUUGUUGAAUCGCUUGGCCCAGACUGCAAGCAGUUGAAGAAGGGCGAUGUCGUGCAGUGGGGAUACUUGCACUCGUCCUGUAAUCAGUGUGAGAUGUGUUGGACAGGCAAGGAAGUUUUGUGCGCCAAGCGAUCUAUGUACGGCUACGCAGACAAGGAUCUCGGUGGUUUCAGCACCGGGGGCGUUGUUCGCGAAGACUAUCUCUUCAAGGUACCGGAUAGCAUCUCGCCUGCUCAUGCUUCGGUGCUCAGUUGUGGUGGCGUCACUGUCUUCAGCGCAAUGUACAACAACAACAUCAAGCCUACCGACCGUGUUGGCGUUGUAGGUCUGGGAGGAUUAGGUCAUCUGGCUCUUAAGACGGCUCAUGCUUGGGGAUGCCAUGUCACUGCCUUCUCUCGCACGAACGACAAGGAAGAGGAAGCACGUUCAUUUGGCGCUCACGAGUUUGUCACAACAAAAGGCAAGGAAACGCUCUCUGUUGAGAACAAACUUGACUUCCUCCUCGUGACGGUGUCUGGCCAAGUCGAUUGGAAGAUGUACUACAGCGUUAUGAAGCCUCGUGGACGCAUCAUCGCUAUGGGUGUGGACCACAGUGGUCAAGGAGCCAACUUGCCAUAUGGUCAGAUGCUGAGUCAGGAAAUGUCAUUUGCUGGUUCUUUGGUGGCCUCGCGACAGGUGCAUGCGCUCAUGCUUGAGUUUUUUGCACGACAUGCUAUUACCCCAGUCAUUGAGGAGAUGGAGAUGACGAAGGAGAAUCUCGAGACGGCGAUUGAGAGGCUUGAGAAGGGCGAUGUCAGGUACAGGUUUGUGCUGUACAACAAGCUCGACAAGGCUGAGCCCAAGAUUUGAGCUCUAAAGCCAAUGACACGUAUGAUUAGACUGUAGAUGUGAUAAAGAAGUCGGCAGCACUAAAUGACAGAAGGGUCUGAACAUUGCAAACUUGUUGAUCAUCGUAAUACUUGAGUCCAGAUGAAACUCUAUGCGUUGGCCUCUCUUGUACUUUCUUCCUUUGGUAUCACCAAUUGCAAUUUCAGCAAUGAGAGGUUUUUAGCAAGAUAGACAAUUGCAAGGUUGUCAAGGUUUGAGAUUGAAUUAGGGCGGCUUAGGCCUUCAAUGGGAAUUUGGCAACUCUAGACCUAC